AUGCCCAAGCACACACCAUUCCCCACAGGUGCUUGGAAUUAUGUUCAACAGGCCGAGCGAGACGAAACAGGCGAGAGGCCAGACGACUAUGAGCAUCCGAGUGAAGCGCCGAUUCGCCUCAAGGUAGCCAUCGUUGGUGCGGGUGUUGGAGGACUAGCAACGGCGGUGGCUCUCCGUCGAGAUGGUCACGAAGUGCACGUCUACGAAGACGCCCCGGCGCUUAGUGAACUUGGAGCAGGUAUCCAAGUUCCACCCAACUCGCUCACUAUCAUGCACAAAUGGGGUGUGGAAGAAGCCAUUAAAGCCAAGUCGGUAGAGCCUAAGAAUCUUUGGUGGAAACGGUGGCAAGAUGGCAAAGUCAUCGCCAAGACGCGGUACAAGCCUGAUUUUGAGGAGAACUUCGGCGUGCCGUAUCGUGUCAUUCACCGGGCUCAUCUUCACGAAGCGCUGCACGACAAGGCUGUGGAUCUUGGGGUUAGAAUACAUCUCGGCCAUACCGUCGCUUCGUACGAUCCAGAAAGACCGUCGAUUAGGUUUACCAAUGGCAAAGAAGUAGUUCCUGAUCUUUUGGUCGCUGGUGACGGUCUCAAGUCCACGGCGAGGCAAGUCAUCACUGGAGAACGCAUACCACUUCGCAGCCAUGGGUUUGCGGCGUACAGGGCGUGCGUUCCUGUGGAGGAGAUGAGGAAGAAUCGACUCAUCGCAAAGAACAUGGACUUCGAGAGAGACCAAAGCCAUGUCAUGAGCUAUCCGAUCAAAGGCGGCGAAGACUGGAACUUAGUGAUCACCGUCCCAGAGCAGAAAGAACCCUGUCACUGGGAUGACUAUUCGCGGCAAUCCCUCUCAAUAAUGCGAUCCUUCUACGCAGGCUGGGAUCCUACCUUAAUCGAAAUCCUCAAACUCGUCAAAACCACCUUCAAAUGGCCAGUUCAGGACAUCCCCCAACUCGACUCCUGGACCUCCCCUAGCAAGAAAAUGCUCAUCCUUGGCGAUGCCGCACACGCCAUGCUCCCUUCCAUGGCAGCUGGCGCCUCUAUUGCUAUUGAAGAUGCCUAUGCCCUUGCUCAAGCCCUUCGCCUCAUACAAUCUCGACACCAGCUCCCCGACGCAAUCGCAACAUGGGAAUCUGUUCGGAUCCCUCGCUACGGCGAUGCAGGAAGCCAGCUAUCGACAUAUGUAUACGCUACAUCUCGCGGACGGACCACAGCAGAAAGCGAGGGAUCGAUUGAUGGAAGCGGAGCGGUGGGCGUAUUUGUGCGAUCCGGCGGAGGAGGUCAGGUUGGCUUGGGAGAAGGGUGGCGCUGGAGAUGGGCGGAGGAUGGUCGACCGGGAUAUAUUGAAGAGGGAGGACAUCUGUUCGAUGAUCUCGGCACGACUUUGAGGUUGGGUUAA